AUCAUCAACCCAUCCGGCAACGUCCUCCUAGUCAACGUGAACGUGACAGACAAUAAUGGCCGUGGUAUCUCUAUUCUGACAGCCAAUCUACAAGCCAAUAAUGGAGACCCUCCCUCUGCCCCUCAAUCCCUCCCGUAUUUCGCUAGAGGGCUAGUUGACAUGUGUGCAUCAACAAAGAAGAUUGAUAUCAAGGGCCGUCUUCUUCUCUACUAUAAAUAUGAUGCACAUCCGGUGGAUUGUGUCAAGAUAUUCUCUGCCGGGGGGAAACAUAUAACGUUCCGGUUCUUGCAAGUAAAUCUCUACUCUGCCCCGACAGACCUUGGGCGUUCCGAUGCCCUACGAGUUUACAGCUCUGACAGUAUGCAGCCCUCGACAUUAAUAGCCAAAUAUGCCCGAGAUAUUGAUGGAAUACCGCAACCUGACACGACCCCUUUCUCGCAACCAAUCGACAAUCCGAGCAUCUCCCUUCUUGCCCUCCAUUUCCGAGGGACGGCAGCGGAUCCACACUAUGGAUUCAUAGCGGAGGUGGCUGUCGCGUCGACACCAGCCGAAAAUGCCGGUGUCGGCGAGGUGGUGAUCGCGGCGGCUCGGAUGGACAAUAAUGAUCGGGGAGGCGUUCGAUAUGAGAAUACCGGCGAAUUGAGCCCGAAGGUGGUCAUAGAAGAAUGCUCAAUGUUCCGCAACGGUAUCCAUUUGUAUGGGAAUAUCUCGACCACAAUGCACGCUGCCUCUUUCUACCUCCACAAUACGCAGCUUCUACUCUUCCGCGCGAAUUCGUUGGCGCAUAAUCGGGGCGGUAUUCUGAUCGAUUCGAUCUCUGAGACAGCAAUGGCUCGUCUGAAUGCCGUCAUCAAAGCCAAUCUCUUCUCCUUCAACACCAAUAGUACCGUCAUCGAGCUGAAGGGCAAUGGAUUCCAGAAAGCGACGAUGGUAAACAACGUGAUAUCCCACAACUACGCAUUCUACCACGAUACGGUGUAUGCUGUGGAUGUUAUUGUGAAUAUGACGAGGAAUACCAUCACGAAUAAUACCGGGCUGCAUACGCUCGACAUCCGCACGGCAAAAUCGAAGGGCAAUUCGGAGCCACACCUUUUCCUCCGGAACAAUUUCGAGUUCAACCAUGCCCUCGGUCAUGGCCAUCAAUAUAUCCAGAGAUAUGGCCAUGAACUUGGGUGGAUGGACGAGUUCCAGCUCUACAAAAGGCCGAAAAGACAGGUUUCCUACCCUGUUUUCCGUCAAGAAGGAGUCUCGUUCGAUUGGUGGACGCAUGUGGACCAGAAUACCGAUCGAUACCGUAGUACCGUAUAUGCUGGAAGCUCCAGGCAACACUUCUUGGAAAACGUGUUCAACAACCCGGCGAAUGAGCUUGACCUGACCACCUCAAAUCGUACGAAUUGGGAUAUUGGAGCAGUAGAUGCAAAGGAGAACUAUUGGGGAUGGCCAUCAACAGAAUCUGUGGCUGCUGGACGGAUAAGGGAUGGGGCUGAUCUACCGUAUCUCAUACGUGUAGAGUAUACUCCCGUAUUCGAAUCGAAUACUUCUCUCAUCGAAGGAGACUGCAGAGCCGGGUGGUUCCAGGUCGGAAAAGAAGAAUACAAGAGUUGCUACCUGUACGUCGGUGGAGCAGCAACUUAUGAAAGAGCAGUGGAAUAUUGCGAAGAACUGGGAGCCUUCCUACUCUAUCUCAAUGAUGAUGAUCCAAGACAAAAAGAAAUGGCCGAGAGGAUAGAUAUGAUGGAGAGGAGGGGGUUGACCGAGUUGGAACAGACGACACCUUGGCUCAGGACCCGCGACGACAUCCAUAUUUGGGUCGGAUCGGCUUCAUUUGCCUGGCCACAGUGUGGAUAUCUUUCAACACGGACCAGCAGAACACAAUAUGACAAUUGUCAAGCGCUGCGGCCAUUUGUCUGUGAAAAGGGAAUCCUCGCCUACAAAGAACCACCACUCUGGCGUCGUGAAGUGGUGCUCUUCGUCGUGCUAGCGGUCGUUGCCAUCGUAUUCCUGAUCCUUCUGGGAUGUUGGCCGACCCACGAAAGUGCGUUGGGGAGUAUUUCCGCUUCUCCAUUACAUGCAUAUGGCACUUCGAAUUAUUAUUCAAAGAGAAGUCAGGGAGCUGAUUCGCCAACCGCCUCUACUAAUACCUAUGAGACGACGAGCGCUUUG